UUGGGAUGGGUGGCCUUAGUGGAUAGAAGAUCUCUGUGAAAGUUCUGUCUCUCUCAUUUCAAGCUGAAUCGUUGAGCCAUUCUAUGGUAAAAUUUGCUUGUACAUUAGGGAGAGAAGAGAAAAAUUGUCAGAAGAUUUCUAUUUUAGUGUUCUACCAACUGAAAUGCAGGAUACUAAAGUAUCUUCAGAACCUUAUGGAACUUUUCUAUUUAGAUGCUCCGUCCACAUCUGUAUGUCUACUAAUCCAAUUAGAGAAGUCUGCAACAGAAGAAGGGGGGUGACUCCAGUUUAUUCACGUAAAGAACCUGUACGUAUGAAGAACUUAAUCUUCUUCAUCUUCAUUCUGACCUCUGAUUGAAUGAGACAAAAUCUCUAUUCUGUUGGCUUGUUUGUUAUCUGUCAACAAGAAUUUUAACUAUCGCCCCUCAUCUGUCUUUCAAUUGGUUUUUAGCAUAGCUUUGAAACAUACCCGACGGAGACAUCUAAAACCGAUCAAUGGUACCUCUCUGUUUACGAUUUCACGUAGAAGAUGGUUAUAAAACAUAAUACACUAAGCUUUCGAGCUCCAUACUAAUUUGGGGACUACAACUCAUGUUAUAGAAAGUUGAAGCUUGAAGGUUGAUCAUGCUGAACUCUUUAUCCAAAUAUCUGAAUUGGCAAUGGCAGACAAUAAUAAAGUUUUGGCAAUGCCUGUAUUAAUUUCCUCCAAAGGCGAAUUGAUCGUUUGGCUACUGUAAAGUAUGCAAUCGGAGUCUCUCGACACAUGGCAUGGGUGCAAUUUGUUGAUAAUGGACCUGACUGGUUGUAAUUCGAGAGUCUCUUUUCAGCAACUUCCCCUCAGACCCUCUUCCAUUUUUCCUCAUCCUCUCUUCCAUUCUAAUCUAAGAUUAUCGAAUUCGAAGCUCUUCAACUCUGUUCAGCGUCGUCUGCUGGUUAGAAACGCUGCUAGUUUCGAUCAAAAUGCCUCUGUUAAUGGGUUUCCGAUCAAACCCAACAAGCUUUUUAUACAGGAGGCAAUUGGAGCUGAAUAUGGAGAAGGUUUUGAGACUUUUAGACAGGAUGGUCCUUUAAAGGUUGAUGUGGAUUUCUUGAAUGAUAGAUUACAAGAAGGUUUCCUUCAACGGGUUCGUUAUGCCAUGAAACCUGAUGAAGCAUAUGGUCUCAUAUUCUCUUGGGAUAAUGUGGUGGCAAAUACUCGAGCUCUGAAGUUAAGUGCCUGGAAACAACUUGCCUCUGAAGAGGGAAAGGAAAUUUCUGAAGACAAUGAUGUUCAAAGGUUGAUGCUUUAUGCAGGUGCUGACCAUGUAUUGCAUAAGGUCUUGCACUGGGAGAAUGAUGAAGGUGAAGUGGAUAGAUUGAAGUUGAGGCUUUCACAACUGUAUUAUGAUAAUCUUCUAAAAUCACAAGAACCUGCAGAGGGGCUAGAAGAAUGGCUUGAUGCAGUAUAUACAGCCCAUAUCCCUUGUGCCGUUGUUUCUUGUCUGGAUCGAAGGAACAUGGUGGAUGCCCUAGAACGGAUGGGACUCAAGAAGUAUUUUCAGGCAGUAGUGUCUGAGGAAGAUGGCAUGGAGUCAAUAGCUCAUAGGUUUCUUUCUGCAGCUGUGAAGCUUGAUCGUAAACCUUCCAAAUGUGUGGUGUUUGAGGAUGACGCUAGAGGCAUAACUGCUGCACACAACUGUACCAUGAUGGCUGUUGCACUCAUUGGGGCUCAUCCUGCGUACAACCUGGUGCAGGCUGAUCUCACAAUCGCUAACUUUAACGAGCUUUCAGUGAUCAAUCUUCGUAGAUUAUUUGCAAACAAGGGAUCUACAUUCAUGGAGCGGCAAAAGCAGAUAAUAGAGAAGACUCCUCCAAAAAGGAAGCUUAGAGUUGAUACGUUGUAAUGAAUGAAUUUUUUGCCUGCUUCCCUUGACCCAUUUUGUUCUUGUAAUUUUAAUUUAAUCUGUUGAGCAUCAUUGCAUCUUUUAGAUCAACUCCCUUUUGGGACAAAAUUUUCAUAUACCAGUGUAAUAAGGUUAAGAAUAUAUUUGGUUCAGCUUU